GCCCAUCCCAUUCUUUGUGGAGAGUCGCAGCUGAACGAAGCAUCUGCUCGCCUCAGCGUUUUCCUUCUUCGCUCGCUCGCGACGUUGAUUUUGUUUAUUUUGCAACCGAAAUGGGCUUCGAUUUGUCGCGGGACAACCCGCUUUUCGCCCUUUACGCCGUCCACGCCACGAUUCUGGUUUUGAAAAUGUUCCUCGUCACCUUCCUCACGGGCCGACAAAGGUUCUCAAAGAAGGCUUUCGCCAACCCUGAGGAUGUCAAGGGAAAGGCGGCAAAGGUCAAACUGGAUGAUCCUGAUGUUGAGAGAGUUAGAAGGGCGCAUUUGAAUGAUUUGGAGAACAUUCCGGCCUUCCUGUUCGUCUCCUUCCUGUACGUGUUGACCAGCCCCGACCUGGGCCUGGCCACCAACCUCUUCAGGGCUUUCACCAUCGCCAGAAUCGUCCACACUUUUGUGUACGCAGUGAAACCCCUGCCGCAGCCAUCGAGGGCUCUCGCUUUCGGCGUCGGCCUCAUCACCACCGCCUACAUGGCUCUUCGCGUUCUUCUCUACUUUUGGUAAAAUUUAUCAUAUGUGCCAAAUUAUGAGAAUUGGGAUCGUGCAUUUUCACUCUAUUGAAGAAAAAAAAAAUACAUUUGCACAAACAAUAAUAAUAAUUGAUUUUGUUACAUA